UGUAGGGUGGAUUGAAAGCUGUAAUUUGGACUGAAACUUUUCAGACUAUGUUAAUGAUAGUAUGCAUCUUAUCAAUGUAUGUAGCUUGUGUUGGAGAUGAAGGUAGCUUUUAUGAAAUAUUUGAAAAAGCAAACUUGGGGCAAAGGUUGAAUAUUAAUUUUGAAAUGGAUCCCAGUAGAAGAUAUAGUUUCUUGGCAUGCAUAAUCUCAGGCUUAGUUUACGGAUUAUGUUUUCAUGGAACAAACCAAAUUCAAGUACAGAAAGUUCUCAGCUUGAGUAAUGCAAACAAAGCAAAAUCUUCACUUCAGUGGUCUAUUUUACCAGUGUCUUUGAUGUAUGUUGGAUGUGCUAUGAUUGGAAUUAUUUUAUAUUCUAUUUACUACGAUUGUGAUCCAAUUUUAAAUGAAGAGCAAACUGGAAUUACCAGAUAUAAUCAAUUGGUUCCAGCAUUUAUAUUGAGCAAAUAUAGCUCCAUCUCUGGAAUGACAGGGCUCUACAUAGCUGGGAUUUUCAGCGCUUCAUUAGGCACAAUGUCAUCAGCACUAAACUCUGCUUCUACUAUAACUGUAUAUGACUUUAUAAAGCCUCUCUACAAAAAUGGAGACUUGUCAGAUAUCAAAAUGUACUGGUUGGCCAAAGUAAUGUCUAUAUUCUAUGGAGCAGUUUGCAUUUGCUUGAGUUUUAGCUUCUCAUGUUUGAAAAUACCUCUACAACUUGCCACUGCCUUGAUCAGAGUUACUCAAGGACCGAUCCUGGCAGUGUUUUUGGUUGGAGUUUUGAGUAGGAAAGCUUCUGAUAAGUGUGUAUCGUUUGCUUUCAUUGCGGGAAAUGUAAUAACUUCUUGGAUAGCAUUUGGAUCUUUGUUUUCUCAUUAUAAUGAACCUUCUCUGCCUUUGAGUAUCAACAUGUGCAAUAAUCACAAUACAACCAAUUAUGAUUAUCUGAAUAUAUCAUCUACUUUUAACCUAGAAGAAACAUCUUUCUCAUCUUUAUCUACUGAGUUACCACACGCGUAA